GGGCGGCUGCAGCGGGGUGUGAAGGCAGACCAGGCUGCACCAGAGUGGAAUCCUCGGGCUGUCCCCAGUGGGGUGUGAGGGAUGCGAGGGAAGCCCGGGCUGUUCCCGCUGCGGUGUGAGGGGAGCCUGGAGCGGGUCGCGCCGGGGUGCAGGGAUGCGAGGGGAGCUCGGGCCGUUCUCGGCAGGGUCUGAGGGGAGCCCAGCCCGGCCAUUUUCCCGCCGAGCCCCCGCCUCAGCGACCCGCGCCCGCCGCGCCACCGCCACCGCUGAUUGGCUGAGAACUGGCGCCACGGCGAGGUGCUGAUUGGCCCAUCCGCACGGCAGCUCUGCCCAAUGACGAAACGCCUUGCCGCCCGCCUUUCCUCUGACUGGCUGUGCCGCUCCCUGCGCCCGCCCACUGCCGGGCUGCGGUGCCGGCAGCCGAUUGGCUGAGGCGCUCCCCGGGCUGGAUGUUUAAUUGGGCGGUGCUGGGCGGCCCGGCGCCUCACCUGCCGCGCGCCGCCAUUGGUCCGUCGCUCCCCGCGUCCCCGCCCAUUGGCCGCCCCGCCCCUCAAGAGCGUCCCCAUUGGCCGUAGCGGCCCGGCCCGGUAUCCGGGUAAGAUGGCCGCAGUCGGGGAGUGCUCGCUUCCCGCGCCGUGGCGGCCGGUCUCCCUCACUCACGUCGAGUAUCCCGCAGGUGAUUUUUCUGGCCAGCUUUUAGCUUAUUUGAGUCUUGGUCCAAUAUUCAUAAUUGUUGGUUUUGUAACACUCAUCAUAUUCAAGAGAGAGCUUCACACGAUCUCUUUCUUGGGAGGGCUGGUGUUCAACGAGGGAGUGAACUGGUUAAUAAAAAAUGUAAUCCGGGAGCCUCGGCCGUGUGAAGAAGCCCAUUCAGCAGUGACCACAAAAUAUGGGAUGCCGUCCAGCCACUCCCAGUUCAUGUGGUUUUUCUCUGUCUAUUCCUUUCUGUUCCUUUAUUUAAGAAUGCACCAAACAAACAACGCGAGGUUUCUGGAUUUGCUAUGGCGACACGUGCUGUCCAUCUGCCUCGUCACAGUGGCUUUGCUAGUCUCAUAUAGUAGGGUUUAUUUGCUUUACCACACCUGGAGCCAAGUCCUAUAUGGAGGUGUGGCAGGAAGCAUCAUGGCCAUAGCCUGGUUUGCCUUCACACAGGAGAUCCUAACUCCCCUCUUCCCGAGGAUAGCUGCGUGGCCAAUUUCAGAGUUCUUUUUAAUCCGAGAUACCAGCCUCAUUCCUAACAUCCUGUGGUUUGAAUACACAGUCACGAGAGCAGAAGCAAGGAACAGACAGCGCAAGCUGGGUACGAAGCUGCAGUGACGGGAGCGGGGGACCAGGACGCGUUUAACGGAGACAGACAAGAGCAGAGACCUGGGAGCAGCAAGGAGCCUUUUACCAGACGGACCAAAGGAACAGGCAGGGACCACACCCAAAACCUGAAAGCCUUUGCUCUGCUUUAGCAGCUAAGCUGGAUUGCUCCCUGAUGCAUGUGGGACCGUGCAGGAGUGGAAACUCGUUUUGAACACAGAUGCACAUGGUUGGAUGUACCAUCGUGUCUACGUCAGGGGAGGGGGGAGAAAAUGCCUGGUGUCGUGUUCGGGGGAGGGAAAACCAAAAACGGAUCUUUUCUGUGACUUUUUUUUUCAGCAUGAAAUAUACACACUAUUUAUUUAUUUUUUUAAAUGGAACUAUUGUUUAUGGGGUGGGUGAGGCGUUGAUUGUGUGUUUUUAUUUUUUUCUUUUUUUUUAUUGUUCGGGUUUUUCUUUUUUGGAAGAAGAUGACAAAACUAAUCUCAAGUUGGUCAUGUUUAAUUAGGGCUUUUAAUUCUUACAUGCUUCUUAGGAGGGAGGGGAUCUAGGAGGGGUGACAGAAGGGAGAGGAAGACUUUCCUUUCUGCAGUCAGUUUGGGAGAUCAGAAUCAAUUCCAACUGUACUUUGUACAGACAGAAAGACAGAUUAUAAACAUCUGAUUUUUAACACUAGUGACAGUUCUGCAGGGAAGCCUGCACAGAUACCAGUUAAGGGGAGUGUGUGUGUAAAACAAAGGAAAACCACAAAUAUACUGACUCUUAUUUUUUUUUCCACUGCUGCUCCUGUUGUGUAAUUAGCAAGAGUGUCCUUUCAGAAUCUCUUCUAGAUGGCAAGAUUAUCAUACAUAUCUCACAUUUAUUCCAUUUCUUCCUUUAUACUUUUAUUAUCUCAGGGUUGCUGUGAUCUGUACAGCUUUUGUUGUAUUCAGUGUGCCGAGGGCACUGGGAAGCCUGUUGGUUAUAAGCAGUGCUGUGCUCCAGUCAGAGUCAGCCCAAAGCCUUACAAAAUUCAGUUGCUGGUCUCUGUCUUAAGCACUGGAUUUCACUUUUUUUCCUGUUAAAGCUUAAGGGAGGGAUUUUUAAGAAUGACCACAGCGACAACCACAAACGAACAACAAAGCAAGUGACAACCACAAAUGAACAACAAGGCAAAUGACUAAUAACUAGCUCAGCUGCUCUCUGAAUUAUUCCUCGAAGAGUCCUGUUAGACUCCACCCAUGAACUCCAAGAGAACUUGUCCUAGCAGAGGCUCCUGCCAGUUAUCACAGUAGCUUGGUGGGGGUUCUGCAGCUGUAACCUUGAAAGCUGAACUCCUACAAGCAAGUUUUGCUUUCCAUCCUUCUUCCAUUGUGGCUCUGCGUGUGGCCAGUGGCGCUCUGGAUGCUGUGUCUCUGUGGGAGUGUGCCUGCCAUCUCUGUGUGCUGGUGAUGCCUAUGACCUCUGUGACCCGUGAGCUGACCUGGCAAGGGCUACACUCAAAGUGCUUCAGGGCUGUGCAUGGACACUUUCUGUAUUUCUAGUAUAUAAUGCAGCAGUUCAAGUGUAACUACAGAGAAGUAUUUAUUCAAAGCACAAUUGACUUGAACUUUCACAGAUAAAGGACAGCUUCUGAACUGGCUCAAAGGUCAUCGGUGUGCCUUCGAUGCAGUCAUGAGCAGAGGUAAAAUGACUGUCACAUCUCAGUCUUGCUGCCUGUUUUACUAUCUCCACUUUAAUCAGACUCCUGCAUUAUAAAGCUGCUUGAAGAUUUUUUUUUCUGUUCAUCCUGGUUAUUUUUUUUUUAAGUUUUCAUCUGUGCCUGUUGCUAUAGGAGUUUGUGUGUUUGUGUGGAGUGGGAGCUGCUGUUGGACACCCAGAGUGUUAACUGUAGAAAGUGAUCCUGAUCCAGGAGAUCAGGAAUGAAGGCGCGUUUAAAUUUCUGUGUUUAAAUAGCUAUGGGUAGUAAAUUUACUGUUUUCAGUUGGUACAGCAAGUAUAUAUAAACAUUUUUAAGAACUGUUUAGUACUUGCAUAACAUAAGCAAUCCUGUAACAUCUGAAGGACCCAAGCACUGGAUCUGCUUUGAAGGUGCAUUAUAAUAAAGAGGCAUCUUGGAGCUUUCACAAGGACAUUUGAUCUGCCUUAGAGCAACUCUGUUGGGAUGAGACAGGACAUCAGCUAGGUCCCGUGACAUGGUGGUACCAUAUGUUUCAGUUUGAAAACUGGUACUUAUGUCUUGCAAAACCAUUCAUUUUCUCUUUAUAUCUCUUGUAAGUGAACUUACAAAGCCAGAACAGAGAUCACACCACUCUUCCCCAAGGGGGCUGAAGGAGUGUGAUUGUUUCAGGAGUGGCUUAGCACUUCCCCAGCGUCUCGGGCUGUUACAACAGACUGCUGGAAAAAAUGAAUAUGGAAACAUCUAUUGAGCAUAGGGAAGAGGGUUCAUCUCCUCAUGGAGAGCAGUGCAGUGUAAAAAGCUGUUCCACUUCAUGUUGCCUUCAAACCCAAGCUUCCUACAGUAAUUCUUAGGAGUGAGGGAGAGGAAGAAGAGCUCUUGUAAGACACUGUAAUAAACUCUCCUCUGUUCUCUGUGAGUUGUUUGUAAUCUGCAUCUUCUGCCUACUUUUGCUGUACCUUUUCAGAAAUCUUUGCAAUACUUGAUAUACAGUAGAAAUUCCUUAGUGAUUCCAUGGAUUUUCUUAACUAAAUGGUGCUGUGCAGGGAAAA